AUGUCCAAUAAUCUAACGGCUCCAUCUUUAUCUUUAAAGGGUUGGUAUUAUUUAUAUCAUUACGAUAAAGAAAUGGUGGAAGAAGAAUGGUAUGAAACUACUAGAAUGGUUGCGAAACAUACCGAAAAAGAAAACGUAGAAAAAGUUUAUUCGCACACUAAUCCUUUUAUAAAAAAUUUUAUCAGACGAUCUAUUAAAGGAGGAAGAGUUUCGGCAAAUAGAAAAUCAUUUGAAACGAACAAAAUGGAUGAAAUUUGUAACGUAUUAAAGGAAUAUAUUUCACAAACAGAAAGUAAUAACAUAAUUGAUUUAUUCAAAGAAUACAGCGCAAGCACAAAAGACAAAACGGAGGUUCAUUCGAGACUUAAAAAAAUAGAAUGUACUAAACUAAUGGCAUUUGAUGCUAACGGUUUAUACGCUUCCGCCAUGUCGGAUUUAGACAGUGAAUAUCCGAGAGCGGAAAGUGGAAGAGCGUUUCUACCAGAAGAAGAAAAAGAAUUUGUAAAACUCUUCAAUAAACAAAAAUUCAGACCUAGAACAGCUAUUUUAACAGUGUGGUUUGACUAUCCCAAAAACAUGUUCUUCCAACCGAUACCAGCUAAAGAUAAAAUCACUCUCACGAAUAAAGAAGGUAAAAAGGAAACGGGUAAUAAAAUCAGGUUCAGAAAUGGUUUCUGUCACGACGUUUUAACAUCGGUCGAUAUUCAAGAAAUAGUGAAAGCCGGUGGACGAAUUAUUAGAAUAUUAGAUGGUAUAGUUUACGAAGAAAAUUUUAAAACUCCACCCUAUAGAGAUUAUAUUUUAAUUUUGAGAGAUUUAAGAAAUAAAUAUAAACGAGAAGGUAAUAUCGUGGGUAGUAACUGCAUGAAAUUAUUAGGUAAUUCCUUGUAUGGUAAAUCAAUUCAGAAAGACAUAUUCACAACUAGACAUUUAUGGAAUGAAGCAACUUUACAGGCCAACUUGAUUCACGCGUUAAAACCUAUGAGAAAAUUAAUGAUACUCAAUAUAUUGUUGAAACAGAAAUUGAAGAAAAAGAGAUUACUACCGAAGACAGUAAAUCUACACGACUAA